AUGUUUCCCCAGACGCACCACAUCGAAUGCGUGGCCACCCUGUCCCUCAAACCCGACACCAGCCGCAUAAUCCUGGCAUCAGCGUCGCCGCGGCGCCGGGAACUGCUCGGCGGUUUGGGAAUACAAUUCGAUGUUGCCCCGUCCAACAUCCCCGAGGAUCAGUUGCCGGGAGAAACUCCCACGGACAUGGUGCGGCGUUUGUCUCGCGAAAAGGCGCUGGCGUCGGCUGCCGCCGACAACGGCCAGCACGGAUAUUUCAUUGCGGCCGACAGCACCGUGGUGCUGGACGGGGAAUCUAUCGCCAAGCCCCUGGAUGUCGACGACGCCCGCGCCAUGUUGCGACGUCUGUGGGGAACGCAACAUCAGGUCGUAACCGGAAUGACCAUCCUCGACGCCUCAACGGGUCGUUGCAUCACCGAGUCCAUGUCCGCCGACGUUGCAAUGCGCGAGUUCACCGAUGCCGAGAUGGAAUCGUCGAUAGCCAGCGGAACCCCCAUGGACAAGGCCGGUGCUUACGCCAUACAGGACGAUGAAUUUCGCCCGGCCUCCAUGCUCAACGGUUGUUAUCCCAACGUGAUGGGCCUGCCAGUCUGUCGCGUCGUCGAGAUUCUGGCAGAACUCGGUUGUUCCACACCCGAUUGGGCCGAUAUGACCGUCCCCCACGGAUGCCUGGGCAAAUGCCCGUUCCAGUCCGGUGACACCUCCCCCGGUUCUGGAGCUACGCAGCGUUCUGCUGGAGCUACGCAGUGUUCUGGAGGUAUGCGGUGA